AACAAACCAAAAUACUAUAGUAAAAAAAUCCAAAAUCUUUUUGCAUCGGCCCGAGUCACACACUCAAAAAAAAAAGGAGACGUGUUUAUAGGAAACAUUCUAAACGAGGAGCUGCAACGGAAGACUUUAUUAACCAAUAGUAACAAUUACCUUGGUCGAGUAUUUAUUAACCUAGUUGUAACCCCAACGGUUCAGAUCCAUCCAUUUGUUCUUGUCCAUGGGCACGCACACGCAGCCGGCGCAGGACCUUCCGAGCGAUGGCGGCGGCGGCGGCGGCGGCCCGCACGUGCUUCUCGUGCCGUACCCGGCGCAGGGCCACAUGCUCCCGCUCCUCGACCUCGCGGCGCUGCUCGCCACGCGCGGCCUCGCGGUCACCGUCGCCGUGACGUCCGGCAACGCCGCGCUGCUGUCGCCGCUGGUUCGCGCGUGCUCGUCCGUGGCCGUGCUCUCGCUGCCCUUCCCGUCCUCGCCGCUGCUCCCGCCGGGAAGCGGCGAGAACACCAAGGACCUGCCGCGCCACCUCUUCCGGCCCUUCAUGGUCUCCCUCGCGGCGCUCCGCGCGCCGCUCCUCGCCUGGUGCAACGAGCAGGGACGGCACGGCCACCGCGUGACGGCCGUCAUCUCCGACUUCUUCACGGGAUGGACGCAGCCGCUCGCCAAGGAGCUGGGAGUGCCGCACGUCACCUUCUCCCCCUCCAGCGCGCUCCACCUCGCCAUGUCGCACGCCCUCUGGCGCAGCCCGCCGACGAGGAGGCGCCGCCGCGAGGACCCCGACGCCGACGACGAGGCGGUCACGUUCCCGGAGGUACCUGGCUCGCCUACCUUCCCGUGGCGCCACCUGUCGGGGCUGUUCCGGCAGUACGCGGCCGGCGACGAGUUGUCCGAGGCGAUCCGGCAGCUCUUCCUCUGGAACCUGGGCAGCUCCUGCUUCGUCGCCAACACGUUCGCGGCGCUGGAGGCGGACUACGUGACGCGGCCACUCCCGGACCUGGCGUCGAAGCGGGUGUUCGCGGUGGGCCCGCUGUCGGACGCCGCCGGCGCGGCCACGUCCACGUCGGGCGGCGACCGCGGCGGGAAGCCCGCGGUGGCGGCCGCGCUGGUGUCCGCGUGGCUGGACGCGUUCCCGGACGGCUCGGUGGUGUACGUGAGCUUCGGCACGCAGCAGGCGCUGUCGCCGGCGCAGGCGGCGUCGGUGGCGGACGCGCUGGCGCGAAGCUCGGCGGCGUUCGUGUGGGCGGCGAGGGCGGGCACGGCGGUGCCGGACGGGUUCGAGGCGGGCACGUCCUCGCGCGGGCUGGUGAUCCGCGGGUGGGCGCCGCAGGUGGAGGUGCUGCGCCACCGUGCCGUGGGCUGGUUCCUCACGCACUGCGGCUGGAACUCGGUGCUGGAGGCGGCCGCCGCCGGGGUGGCCAUGCUGGCGUGGCCGAUGAGCGCCGACCAGUUCACGGACGCGCGGCUGCUCGCGGAGGCCGGCGUGGCCGUGCCCGUGGCGGAGGGCGCCGACGCCGUGCCAGACGCCGGGACGAUGGCGGCGGCGAUCGCGGCGGCCGUCGGGAAGGAGGGGCAGACCGUGAGGGAGCGCGCGGCGGAGCUCGGACGCUUGGCGGCGGCGGCGGCGGUGGCGGAGGGCGGGAGCUCGCACAAGGACCUGGAGGAGUUUGUGCAGAUGCUGCUGACCCCGCAACUUUGAGAGACGUCCAUGUCACUCCCUCCCUCACUCGGGCUCCCCUGCGCUCCUCCUCGCCGCUGUUUCAGCCGCUGAUUGCAAGAGAAGCUGAAGCCAGCAAGACAAGACCGAGAGCGCUGCCUGGGCCGUCUCCAUUACAUUAGUUUUUCCAUUAACCACCAAAAACAUGGUUUAUUUAAGUGAGCAUAAAACCAGGAUGGAGACACCCAAUUUUCUGAAAACUCACAACAAUAGGUUUUGUGAAAAGAGAGAGUUGUUUUUUCUCAAAACUCAAUACCGGAUAAUUAACACCUACUUAUGUACCAAACAUGAUGAUCUUAACUAAUUAACAACUCCAAACUAA